CCUCUCCCCCCCUCCCCAUCCAGCCUCUGCUGCAGCGGCUCAGGCCUCUGUGAUUACAGCUCCCUUCCUGCCGCCACAGCUGGCCGGGAGGAGGGGGAAGAGUCAGCUGGGGCUAGGGCUGGUGCAGCAGGCGCCGGGCCCGGAGCCCGGAGUCCAGAGUCCGGAGUCGGGAGCCUGGAGCCACUCAGCCUUCCCACUUUCCUGUGCUCCGCUGGGUCUCACGUUGGAACCGGCUGCCCCCGGCACCAAGCACCACCCAAAAGGCCAUCCCGGACAGCCAGGGACCAGGAACCAGAAACUAUGUUCUUCUGGAUCCUGGAAGCCCAUUGGAGGUGGUCAGGGCCAUGAAUCUCGGGGAAGCAGCCAGGUGGCCGUAGUCAGGCAGGGGUUGAGGAGAGACAUGUGGGCACGGGCCUGUUGGGGUCAGCAUAUCGCUCCCCUGUCCCUUAGCAAUGGCUGCGAUCACCACCACCUACAGAGUCUUCUGCUGGGUCUUUGUUCUCACCCUUACCCUGGACCAUACACACUCUGGUGCCCAUGGCUUCCAGUCUCAAGAGGAAUUCCUGUCCAGCCUCAAGAGCUAUGAAAUUGCCUUCCCUACGCGAGUGGACCCCAACGGAGUACUGUUGGCCUUUGCACCCCCGGCUCCUUCUGGGAGGAAGCGCCAGCGCCGAGGCGGGUCAAAGACCCCACCACCGGAGCCCAGACUCUUCUACAAGGUGGCUGCCCCCAGCACCCUCUUCCUGCUCAACCUGACCCACACCCGGCGCCUGCUGGCCGAGCACUUCUCUGUGGAAUACUGGACGAGGGACGGCCCUGCCUGGCAACGCCCGGCCCGGCCCAACUGCCUCUAUGCUGGCCACCUGCAGGGGCAGCCCCUCAGCUCCAGAGUGGCUAUCAGUAACUGCAACGGGCUGCACGGCUUAAUUGUGGCUGACGAAGAGGAAUACCUCAUCGAACCCCUGAGUGGUGGCGGCCCUGGGGGCCGAGGAAUCGAGGAAAGCAGCCCCCAUGUGGUGUAUAAACGCUCUUCUCUGCAGUACCCCCACCUGGAUGCUGCCUGUGGAGUGCUAGAUGAGAAGCCAUGGAAGGGGCGGCCGUGGUGGCUGCGGACCUUGAAGCCACCACCCGCCAGGCCCCGGGGCAACGAGACUGAGCGGGGACAACUGGCCCUGAAGCGCUCCGUCAGCAGAGAGCGCUAUGUGGAAACUCUGGUGGUGGCUGACAAGAUGAUGGUGGGCUACCACGGGCGCCGCGACAUCGAGCAGUACGUGCUGGCCGUCAUGAACAUUGUUGCCAAACUUUUCCAGGACUCCAGUCUGGGGAAUAUUGUUAACAUCAUGGUGACCCGGCUUAUCCUGCUCACUGAAGACCAGCCCACACUGGAGAUCACCCACCACGCAGGGAAGUCACUAGACAGCUUUUGCAAGUGGCAGAAGUCAAUCGUGAACCGAAGUGGUCAUGGAAACGCUCUCCCGGAGAAUGGUGUGGCCAACCAUGACACAGCCGUGCUAAUCACUCGCUAUGACAUCUGCAUCUACAAGAAUAAGCCCUGUGGCACUUUAGGUCUAGCCCCUGUGGGUGGGAUGUGCGAACGGGAACGGAGCUGUAGUAUCAACGAGGACAUCGGCCUGGCCACGGCCUUCACCAUCGCUCAUGAGAUCGGCCACACGUUUGGCAUGAAUCACGACGGGGUUGGAAACACGUGUGGUUCCCAGGGCCAGGACACAGCCAAGCUCAUGGCCGCCCACGUCACCAUGAAAACGAAUCCCUUUGUCUGGUCAUCCUGCAGCCGUGAUUACAUCACCAGCUUUCUGGACUCUGGCCUGGGCCUGUGCCUGAACAAUGCCCCCCCCAGGCAGGACUUCGUGUACCCCACAGUGGCCCCGGGCCAGGCCUAUGAUGCAGACGAACAGUGUCGCUUCCAGUAUGGAGUCAAAUCCCGCCAGUGUAAAUACGGGGAGGUCUGUAGUGAACUCUGGUGUCUGAGCAAAAGCAACCGGUGCAUCACCAACAGCAUCCCAGCUGCUGAGGGCACACUGUGCCAGAGUAGCACCAUUGACAAGGGGUGGUGCUACAAGCGGGUAUGUGUCCCCUUUGGGUCACGGCCAGAGGGCGUGGAUGGGGCCUGGGGCCCCUGGACCUCAUGGGGUGAGUGCAGCCGCACCUGCGGAGGUGGAGUCUCCUCUUCCAGCCGGCAGUGCGACAGCCCCAGACCAACAAUUGGAGGCAAAUAUUGCUUAGGAGAGCGGCGUCGCUAUCGGUCCUGCAACACGGAUGACUGUCCCCCAGGCUCUCAGGACUUCAGGGAGGUGCAAUGCUCAGAAUUCGACAGUGUCCCUUUCCGGGGGAAAUAUUAUACAUGGAAGACAUACCGGGGAGGGGGUGUGAAAUCCUGCUCCCUCACCUGCUUGGCGGAAGGCUUCAACUUCUACACGGAGCGGGCAGCGGCUGUGGUGGACGGGACCCCAUGCCGGCUGGACACCGUGGACAUCUGUGUCAAUGGAGAGUGCAAGCACGUAGGCUGCGACCGAAUCCUGGGCUCAGACCUUCGGGAGGAUAAGUGCCGGGUGUGUGGGGGUGACGGCAGCUCCUGUGAAACCAUCGAGGGUGUAUUUUCUGGGGCCAUUCCCAAGGGCGAGUAUGAAGAGAUCAUUUGGAUUCCCAAGGGCUCUGUCCACAUUUCUAUUCAGGAUUCAAAUCCAUCCCUCAGCCACCUGGCCCUAAAAGGGGAGGAUGACGCCUUUCUCCUGGAUGGGCUGCCCAAGACCCCACAGCCCCACCGCUUGCCCCUGGCUGGGACCAUCUUCCAGCUACACCACGGGCCAGACCAACCCCAGAUUCUGGAAGCCUUGGGCCCAACCAACAUCACCAUCAUUGUCAUGGUCCUGACCCGAUCUGAGCUCCAGGGAAUCCGAUACCGCUUCAAUGCACCGAUUUCUCACGAGGCCCUGUCUCCAUACGCCUGGCACUAUGCCCCCUGGACCAAGUGCUCCGCCCUGUGUGCAGGCGGCAGCCAGGUACAGGCUGCAGAGUGUCGGAAGCAACUGGACAGCUCCACUGUGGCCCCUCACCAUUGCAGCCCCCACAGCAAACUGCCCAAACGCCAGCGGGCAUGCAACACGGAACCUUGCCCUCCAGACUGGGCUGUGGGGAACUGGUCAAGCUGCAGCCGAAGCUGUAAUUCAGGGGUGAGGAGCCGUUCUGUGGUUUGUCAGCGCCGGGUAUCUGCAGACGAAGAGAAAGCUCUUGAUGACAGUGCCUGUACCCAGCCCCGGCCCCACGUGCUGGAGCCUUGCAACAGCCCUGCCUGCCCACCAGAGUGGGUCACCCUUGAUUGGUCCGAGUGUACCCCCAACUGUGGGCCCGGCUUCCGAUACCGAGUCGUCCUGUGUAAGAGUGGAGACCACGGCACCACCCUGCCUUCCACACAGUGUCCAGCGGCUACCAAGCCCCCCACCAGCAUGAGGUGCAACCUCCGCCGGUGUCCCCCACCCCGCUGGGUGACGGGCGAGUGGGGAGAGUGCUCGGCGCAGUGUGGCUUCGGGCAGCAGCUGAGGUCCGUGCAGUGCACCAGCCACACGGGCCAGCCAUCCUGGGAGUGCCCCGAGGCCCUGCAGCCUCCAACCAUGCAGCAGUGUGAGAGCAAGUGCCAGAGCACCCCCCCUGGGGACAGCCCCGAAGAGUGCAGGGAUGUGAACAAGGUCGCCUAUUGCCCCCUGGUGUUCAAGUUCCAGUUUUGCAGUCGUUCCUACUUCCGCCAGAUGUGUUGUAAAACGUGCCAGGGUCGCUAAGCGGGGUGGGGGGCAACCGCUGGAGACACACGAAGCUUGGGGCCGGAGCUGGGGGAGGGGGGGGGGAGAAGGAAGGGCGGGGGGAUAGAGGUCUGAAUUCAUUAUUUAUUGGGCAGCCCUGGCGCUGUGCCCUAUGGGAUGAGCCCCAGCAGAGACUUUUUUGAUUUAGGCGUCCCCAGCUGUGGGGGGGUUGGUGGGAGGGAUGGAGACCUGACAGGGUGAGGGCGAGGGUGGUCCCGCCCCUCCCCAGCCCUGCCCCUGGGCUCCCCACGGAGAUUUGACCUGAAUUUGUACUGUGAAGAACUGGGAAGGGGGCUGGGGGUUCCCGUGCCCACCCUCUUUGCCACCCUUGGUGCUAUGGGGUGUCCAAUGCCGGUGCCCCGGGUCCUCCCUUCUGAUUAAGUCCUGAACGCCUGAAAAGGCCUUCUCUCUUCCCUGCCGUUUCCCUGCUGAGAACACACAUCUGUCCGAAAAUGGAAGAGGGACCGUCCCCAGCCCUGGGUCCCCUCCUCCUAUACUCCCAGCACAAGAAGGGUUCUCUCCCGGGUCAGGGACACCCCACAUGGUGCUAUAAGUCCGCCCUCCCCCCUCUGUGGGACACGGGGAGUGGGCAGCGAGUGUUGGCCAGGGAGCGGCUGGGGUUCCAGGAGGAACUCAGCCCCGGCCCCUCAAUGUCUCCCCACUAGCAGCCCCCCCAGUCAAUAAAACUGUCUUGUGUCUGCGUCCCAACACGUGGUCCUUGGAGUGUUCAGAGCAACCAUUCCGGGCGGGGAGGGGGGAGGAGGUGAAGGAACCAGCCCCUGAGCAUCCUCCUGGGGGUGUCUGCAAUAUCCCAGAACUCAUCUUUUUGAGGAAUUUUAUGAUGGAGGUGCAGCUCAAUCUGGGGCCAAGGGUCGGGGAUCAUUUAGCGGCCCAAAAUCAGUCCUAGAUCAAGGCUCUGUGGCCAAACUGGGGCUCAAUUUGGAGUCUGGGGUCACAGGCUAAGAAUCAUUGAGAAUAAAGGAUCCAAAUGAUUCAGGUCAGGUCUGUUGGAACAGAGGUUGAGGGCUCACUUUGGGUCCCAGGGUCAUGAUGACAAUCUCUCCAGUUAGAGAACAUUAAGUUUUACAAAGCACUUUUCCUCAUAAUUCUAUAGGGAAAAUGAUGUGACUAAUCCCGUUUUACAGAUGAGGAAACUGAGGCACAAAAAAGAGGAAAUUGCCCAAGGAAAUUCAAGUGGAACAAAGACUUGAACCCAGUCAGAUUUCCUUCAAUAAACUUCUUUCCCUUUUGUUUGUGCUAAGCCUGAGAGAGCAGGGACUUUACAAAGAGUACAUAUAGAUCUUCGGCACAAGCUACAAGAUAAUUCUCUCCCCCCAUCAGGUGUGGGUAUUUCAGGGGGAGGGUCCCACACUCAGCUCUCAGGAAAUCUAGCUGGUCCAUCUUCCACCUCUUUCCAGCUACUAGGAAUAUCAACCCAAAUGUCCACCUCCAUAAACAGGUCUCCUUAUUCAGCCAGCCAAAACUAGGUUCCUGCCUAGAAUUAAAAAAAAAUUUUUGAAUGGAAUGAUCACUUUCUUACCUGAACCAGACCCACUCAUCAGGUCACCCUGGGCCUCUCUAGGCCUUAAGGGGCAAUAGAGAUCAUCAACCCUCCCCUCAUGUGAAAUGGAGGGAGCUCAAGACCCAUAGAAAAAGGAACCUGUCUGCCCAGAGAGGAGGGCUGGAUGUAAACCGAGUUCCUCUGCCUCCAGGAUCAGUGUACUUACCAUUGUAUCACACCAAAGCUCUUGAGUCUUUUCUAACUCUGAAGUACUAUGUUCUAAGGGCCCUCCCAGCUUCUAAGGGCCC